GCGUCGGCGCGGCAUUUGUUUCUUAUUUCGUACCGAUGAAAACCGCAACCGGGUAGAAAAAUAUAGUAGGCACGAAAAGUUUACCGUAAAAUCUGCUUCUUUGGAAGCGAUUCAACUGAAAAGCGUGAUUAAACGGUCAAGUGAUAUCGGCAAUAAUCAGUCGAAGAAAAUGUCUCGAUAUCCGCACGACGCUAAAGUUUACGUAGGAGAACUGGGAAAUAACGCCAGCAAGCAGGAAAUCGAGGAUGCCUUUUCCUACUAUGGUCCGCUGAGAAAUGUUUGGGUUGCCCGUAAUCCGCCCGGUUUUGCGUUCGUGGAGUUUGAAGACGCACGCGAUGCGGAGGAUUCGGUUCGUGGCUUAGAUGGCAGGACAAUUUGCGGUCGCAGAGCUCGAGUUGAGUUAUCUACCGGCAAGGGCGGUCGUGGAUUCCGUGGCGGUGGUGGAGGUGGAGGAGCACCUAGAGGAAAGGGUGGUCGUGGUAACUUCCAUCCGGAUGAUAGGUGCUACGAGUGUGGCGGCCGUGGGCAUUAUGCUCGCGACUGUACCAAGCGUGGACGCAGCAAAGGACGUAGAAGAUCUCGGAGCCGCAGCCCACGUUCACGCUCCCGUGAACUUCGUACCCGUUCCAAGAGCUACAGUCGCAGCCGCAGCCGGGACCGUGAUCGCGAACGUGACCGUGAUCGUCGUACUCGAUCCAAGACACCGAAGAAGUCGACUCGCGAUCGCUCUGUGUCUCGCGAUCGGACUAAAUCGCCUCGUCGAUCCAAAACCCGCUCCAGGAGCCGCUCGCGCACGCCCCGUUCGGUGACCAGAUCACGCUCUAGAUCUCAUCGUCGGAACGGAGCCUCUCAUCACGACUAAUUCUUGGGGUCAAGACGACGUUUCAAAUGCUGAUACAGACAGCAGUUUUCUGUAACAAACAGGAAAUACUUAACAUGCUACUCUGUCCCCCUAAGAUAGAUAAACGGAAACAAAAUAACUGCUUUUUGAACUAUAAAAAUGACGCCGCUUUUCAAGUGGAAAGCCAUUUUCCACAAUUCUGGCAAGAUAAGAAUGUAUCUAUUUAUAAUCCAAACCAAGAAAAAAUCGCUUGAUAGAUUGCUUUUACAUUACUUUUAUUUUAUUUCAUUCAAAUUCCAAACAAUAUGAGAUUAACGUGUCUUACUCGAACAAACGGAAUGAGGAAAACAAAAUCUUAAUCAGUAAUUACUGAUAUGUAAGUUGUCUACGCAAUCUCAGCUCUCUACGCUGAUCAUGGAUAGUAAUUAGCAAAAAAAAAAACAUUCUAUUUGUCUCAGCGCAAAGAUCUGCAUUUAACAGUUUUGUAAAUGUGCGCAGCUCUGAGAAGGGCUGUUGCAUUGCAGCAGUAGCUGAAGGUUCAUGUGAAAACCAGUACGCGUAGAGAACUGUAUCCUUUUAUUUUACAAGUGUAGAUUUGAUCGUAUGAUAAAUAAAACAAAUAAAGAAUAUA